GUCCAGGCCUGUCUGCUGCCAGACACACCCUUAUAAGUCACUACGUGCCCGUGCUGUUUUAUUUUCCGCCUCGACCUUCUUCUCAUUCUCAUCAUUAUACACCACCAUCAACCAUAGACCAACACUUCUCGAGUGCUCACACUCCUCGGUCGACAAGCACCAAAAAUCACCCGCUGUGGUACACUUAAAAACACAUCUAUUCGGUCCAACAGCCACGAUACACAAAAUGCCUGCCGCCAUCACCCCUCCCGCCGUGCCUGAGAUCAAGGCUCCGGUCGACAGCAAUGGCAUUCCCAAGAAGAGAAAGAUCAUCUGCUUCUCAGACUUUGACGGCACAAUUUUCAUGCAAGACACCGGCCAUGUCCUAUUCGACAACUUUGGCUGUGGCGAGAAGCAGCGCGAGGUCCUCGAUGAGCAAAUCAAGACCGGCGAGCGUUCGUUCCGCGAAGUGUCCGAGGAGAUGUGGGGAUCCCUCAACGUCUCUUUUGACGACGGCUUCAGCAUCAUGAAGAACAAGCUCGACAUUGACGUCGACUUCCAAAAGUUCCACCAGUACUGCAUCGACAACGACAUCCCCUUCAACGUCAUCUCGGCUGGCCUCAAGCCCGUCCUGCGCAAGGUCCUUGACACCUUCCUCGGUGAGGAGGAGUCCUCUCACAUCGCCAUCGUCGCCAACGACGCCAAGAUCACGGCCGACGGCUCUGAGUGGAAGCCUGUCUGGCGCCACGACAACGAGCUUGGCCACGACAAGGCCAUCUCAAUGACUGAGGCUCGUCAGCAGGCCGAGAUGGAGUGCGAGGACGGCACGAUCCCCUUGAUCGUCUUCAUCGGCGAUGGUGUGUCCGACCUCCCCGCCGCCCGCGAGGCUGACGUGCUCUUCGCGCACCGUGGCCUGCGCCUCGAGGAGUACUGCGUGGAGAACAACAUCUCGUACAUCCCCUACGACACCUUUGCCGACAUUCAGCGCGAGAUUCAGAAGCUCAAGGACGAGGACGACAAGGCCACAGGCGGCAAGGGCAUGCCCGUCCGCUUCAACCCCCGGGCCAACAUGUGGCGCCGUGUCUCCAGCAAGACUGCCGUGCCCCGGCUCGUCCUGCUCUCGCCCACCCGCGAGGCUGAUGCUUUCGUCUGGCCCGAGGCCGCCCUUCCCCUCAAGACCCCGACCAUGGAGAAGGUCGUCGAGCUCAGCAGCCUCGACGAGGCCGUCGCCGAGGCCGAUGCUACGGCGCCCAAGGCUGCUGUUGCUUCCGUCGCUGCUUAGACUGUUUCCUCGCUUAACAGAUUUCUUUUCCCGUUCUUACUUUCUGAUCCGUUUUUUUCCAAGAGCGGCAUAACCCAAUGCUGCAGUAGACGUCGUUGUCGUUAGGGACAGUAUCCUCAGGCAUGAGCGGUCGCAAUGGGUGCGCGCGGUGUUAUCGGCGUUUUCUUUUGGGAUGGUCAAGGAUAAAGAGAGCAGAUGGCAUAUUCAUGAUAUACGUCUUAUCUAGAUACCAAACAGAAUUUCAUCUACAUAUUUAAGACCUUCA